UUAGAUCAUUUGGAAUAAUUUAGGGGCAAAAUUGGUCAUUUUCCCUUACCAAAGCAAUUGAUUGAUUAAAAAGGACCACCUUGCUCCCAAGUCUCUUGUUCAUUUUGAUACUUUUGUGUUGACCAAUUAUAAAUGCUCAGCAAGGAAACAGCCAGUAGGAAUCUUGGCAAAAAUCUAAGUAUAGUAUAGAUCAAACUUGCUACUUCUUCUUACAAGUUUUUGCAUCAUCACUCUUGCAUCUUUCUGGUCUCAAAAGGAAGAAUACUAGAUCUCUACACAUCCUCCAUGUCUGAGGACAAUUCCCGUGGAAAACAAAUGUCUGGAAUAGAGAGGAGAUUUCUCGAUACCUUUUUGUUUUGGGCAACUCAAAAAGGGAGGAUUAAGGACGGGAAGUUGCUAGGACACGGAGUGCAAGUCGGAGAUACUGUUUCGGGGCCAAGGGCAGACUUAUCUUCUGCUGAAGUCAAAGAAGGUUAUGAGUUUCUCCUUUCGCUGGUUCCAGGAAGGUGGCCUUUACCAAAUUUAUGCUGUCCAUUGUUUCAAAAGUUCAUCGAGUACAUCCUUCAGAAUGUAAAGGAUCUUUUCAUCAACAAGAAGGAGCUGGACAAGUUUGUUCAUCUGAAGAAAAAGUUCCAAAUCCUUGAAGAAAGUCUAAAGUAUCUCAAAACCUUCCUCAAUUUCAUAAAAGAUGCAAGCAUGGAACUAGAGAAAUCCAAAAUUCUCUUUAAUCAUAUGGAGGUUGUCACUCGCAAUGCUGCUUACAUCUGUUACCUAUGUCAUGUGGAAGAAAUAGACGAAGACAUGGCAUCUCACUUGAGACUUAAGAUCUCAAAUGUUUUGCAAGAGAUCAAGCCCAUUAAGCCUCAAAUUGCGAAAAUUUAUACAGGAGCACUAAGAGGUUUAGUUAAAUCUCAAAUCCUGUAUAACCGAGGUGUGAUCGAAUUUGUUGAAGGUUUUGUUCAUUUUCUCUUCAAGGAUCUGUCGGAGUUAUUAAAUGGUGAGGCAUGUUCCUUGAUGCUUCCUCUAAAAGAAGAUCAACUUGGGAGCUUUCGCCAAUCAUCAAAGCAAUUGGUAACUUUGCUCAUUUAUCCGCCUGAAGAUCUAUGUGUUGAUCAAGGGAAAUUGCGUGAUGUACUUACUUGUGUUGAAGGUCUGAUUGGUGAGGUAGCAUAUGCUGCUUACUCUCUCUCCAUUGACAAAGCAGCAGAAGUUACCUUUGUAUGCUCUGACUUGUUAAAAAAGAUUGACCUUGUCAUGGCAGACCUAAAAGACCUAAUUAUGGAAGCUCCAUUGUCACCAAAAUGUAAUUUCCCAAGGACAAAUGGAUCAGGCUUUAUUAAGUCGCUCUUAUGCUAUCUGAAAGAGUUGCUGCAAGAUGGAAAGUAUGAUUCUGUUGUCAAGCACCUUAUUGCAGAAGCUCAAAAGGAGUUUGCUUUCAUAGGAUCCUUUUUGGAGAGAGUUGAGAAGAAGAAACAUGAGUUUGAGGAAGUGAAAAAACACAAUCUUUGGACAAAAGUCAUAUCUCUUGCAUACCAGGCAGAAUGCAUAAUUGAUUGCCUGGUUACCGGAGAUUAUCCUGUUUGGUAUCUACAUUUGUUAUGUAAGAUCACAACAGAAACUAAGCUUGUCAAGGAUCAUUUAAAAGAGUUCCAUGCUACGAUUGUGCGAGAAGUUGAAGUCCCUAUCGAAGAACAAGCACCGAAUCCUGUCAGACAAUUAGUUGAGACUACACAACUUGAUGAGGUAGUGGUGGGUUUUGAUGAAGAAGCUAACUUGCUAAUCAACCAGCUCACUAGGGGACAAAAGAACUUGGAUAUUGUGUCUAUUGUAGGGAUGCCUGGUCUUGGAAAGACUACACUAGCAAAGAAAGUUUAUCAUGAUGAAAACAUAAGGCACUAUUUUGAUGUCCAAGCUAUGUGUUGUGUUUCCCAAGCUUAUGACAGGAGAAAGUUGUUGCUCGGAAUUUUGAAUCAAGUUAAAAGUUCCAAUCAGAAAAAUGAGAAAAAUCCAGCAGAUGCUUUGCGGAAAUCUUUAAUAAGGAAGAGGUACCUUCUCUACAUUGAUGACAUAUGGAGUGUUGACACAUGGGAAGACUUGGCAGGAUGUUUCCCGGAUGAUCAAAAUGGAAGCAGGAUUUUACUAACUAGCCGACUCAGAAAUGUGGCUUCAGAUAUUAACCCUGAUAGAGCACCUCUUCAACUUCGUUUUCUUUUCGAAAAUGAAAGUUGGGAAUUAAUGAAAAUCAAGCUGUUCAAGGAACAAACUUGCCCACCAGACCUAUCUAAAGUAGGAGAAAGCAUCGCGAGAAAGUGUCAAGGACUACCUCUUCUUGUGAUUUUGGUAGCUGGAGUUUUGUCCGGAAUAAGCAAAAAUGAGGAAAGUUGGAGAAGAAUCAUGGAGAGUAUAAACUUAGAUACCGUCACUAGUGCAAAAGAGUGCUUGGAUGUAAUAGAAUUGAGCUACAAUCAUUUGCCAGAUAACCUCAAGCCCUGCCUUCUUUAUUUUGCAUCAUUUCGGGAGGAUGAAGAAAUUUCAUUCUCAAACUUGGCGUGGUUAUGGAGUAUUGAGGGAUUGGUGCCAAACAUAGAGGCAGAGACUGUAGAGCUUGCCGCUGAAAGAUUACUAAAUGAUCUCAUUGGUAGAAGCUUGAUUAUGGUGAGCAAGAAAAGGUCCACUGGAGGAAUCAGAACAUGUCACAUUCAUGAUAUGUUGCACGAUUUUUGUGUGACAAAAGCUAAGGAAGAGAAGUUCAUGCAGAUAACAAGCACCGGGAAAACUGAUUUGUCUAGUUCCUUUUAUGACCACCGGAGGCUUUGCAUACAUCAUAGCCUUUAUUGGGCCGGGAGGAUUGGAAACCUGCAAGUUCGGUCUGCGUUCUUCAGACCCCCAAAAUCUGGCUGCCUGGAAUUUUUUGAUCUCGAGAACUUUAAACUUCUAAGAGUUCUGCAAAUGGAAUGUGCCGUGUCGGAAAGUUCAUUCCAGAGAUCAAAAGAGCUGAUUCAUAUGAAGUACUUAGGAAUCAAAGGCUAUGUGGAAUCUAUGCCAUUGUGGGUAUCAAAUCUUUCAAACCUUGAGGUAUUGCUUGUAAUAACAGUAGGCAGUGGUACAAUAUUGCCGAUGUCCAUCUGGAAUAUGCCAAGGUUAAAGCAUGUCCAUGUAGAACCGGUUGCAUCUUUUGAUGGACGCAUUCCUCGCAAAUCGACAAACUUUUGUUGCAUAGAGACCUUGGCCACAGUGUCUCUCACUAAUAAGCUAGCAGCCUAUAUGAUCAAGCAGGCAACCAAACUGCGAAAGCUCAAGUGCCACUGUAAAGAACCUCUCCAACUCAAAUUAGAUGCUCUUCAACUUGAAUCACUCAGUGUGAAUGGAAUGAUCUUGGAAUUCAGCUUGCCCUCGACACUAACAAAGCUAACUCUAUCAGAUGUUUUGUUGCCACAAAGUGAAAUAUCUAAGAUCGGGAAAUUACCAAAUUUAUUGGUUCUCAAGUUGGAGCAUAGAGCAUUUGAGGAGAAAAAUUGGGAUAUUGAAGAUGACGAGUUUCCGAGCCUCAAGGUUCUUAAAUUGAGGUCCCUCAGAAUUACAGAAUGGAAUGCCUCCGAUGAUUCCUUGCCCAACCUCCAACAGCUUCUGGUAGAAAGCUGCUUCCAUCUUCAAAAAAUCCCUUCUGCUAUUGGAGACAUUUUAACACUAAAGAUGAUUGAAGUGAAACGAUGUGGUGAGUCACUUGAAAAAUCAGUCAAGGAAAUUAAGGAAGAGCAAGAAGGAUAUGGAAACGAAGAGCUCAAGGUCCAUAUUUAUCACUUAGAUUCGUCAGCCUGAUGUGUGUAUGAAAAGCUGCAGCAAGUGUUUCAACAGAGAUGAAAGAUUGUGAUUGAAAGAGGCGAUAUGGAGCUUCGGCAUAGCCAUGGCUGAUCUGACGGAACCAGUGAUUCUCUUAAGCUGUUUCCUUUGUUCAGUAUGCACAAUAACAUAUCCAGCUAGAUGGAAGCUGGGGAAGUUGAAGACAUUUUUUUUUUUCGAUUUGUGUUUGUAAUUCAAAUAAUUUCUUUGGACGGAUCCAUUGCAUUGACAAAUCAACAUUAUUUCUUUCUAUGAUAUUUUAUAUGUCCG